GCGGGGAUGGACGAGCGAAGCGACCGCGGCGGCGGGGAGGCGGAGAGGUGGCCGUGGUGGGCGGCGGCGAGCGCGGCGCAGGCGGCGUCCGGGGCGGCGUGGUUCCGGCGAGGCAGGGGCGGCACUGCGGUGGCGAUGCCGUUCAGGGCGUUCGCCAUCGCCAGCCUCUUCGUCGGCGCCGGCGCCACCGCCGUGGCCGCCGGAGUGGUCGCCGCAGGUGUCGGAUCGGUGGAGGAGAUGAAGGGCGUGGGCGCGAGCAUCCGGAGGUGGAUGGGAGCUCCUCCUCGCCGAGUGGGAGGAGACUAGCACACUGCGACUGUGAUUUGGGUGGUAAUUCUUAGUCCUACUAGGAAAACUGGAACGGCAACAGUUUCAUGUGAUCUGGGUUAGGUUCCUUCACAUUUGAGAGCUAGGUGUGUGUCAUUUUGAAUUGCAAGUGUAAAGGAGUAAUAAGAUCACUGCUGUACUUGUAUAACAAGCUUAUUUUGAUCAAAAUUGAUCUCCAAUUCGGUUCCAUACU